CUUACCUGAUUCUAUUGUCUCAUUUGGGUCCUUUCUUGAAUGAUUAAUCCUAUUCGAAUAUUGUGAUGUUUAUUCUACAGAAAUAGUUAUCUUUUCGGUUAGCGUGCGUACCCUAUCUCACGGAUAAUCAACCAUAAUCCAUAGAAAUAUACAAUAAAAUAUAUUUAAAAUAACCAUACAAAUCGCGUUAUCGAUAUGGUUUGAUUACAUACUUCAGCGAAAGUUCCGUAUUGUACUGUCAAAUGGGUCUGCCUGAUCCAACCUGUGCGUAUGUACCAAAACAAACCAAAUCUUUCGGUGGGGGAAAACAGGAACAUAAAUGCACUGCUGCUAAUUCUAUCCGCACGGUUACCACGACGACGGUGUAAGAAUCUCGUUCCAUUGCACAUCAUGUCCGAAUCUCAAACAGUUUAGUCAUAGUGUUAUUUUUUAGUGUGUUCUCAUUAAAAUAAAAGUGUUGUCUGUGGCCAUACUGUGCGCUAUAAUUGGGUACGAGUCAUCGCAGCAGCGUGGUGGCGACUGUCCAUUAAAGAUUUCAUUCCGGGAAACCAAAUGUAGCGGUGGGUUAUUUUUUAUUUUACGCGAACUUCAAGGGCCAAGAAGAAAGGUCGCUUCGGCUGACGCAACAGCAUCAUUCAAAGAUCAAACGUUCGUCACGCUAGAACGGAGCACGGGAAGCAGUCCGACUGAUUGGCGAAUAAUUUUGCGUGAUCCGCCACAUUCGGUAAAAGUGACCAAUCGUUGUUUUUUUUGUUGUCUGGAGUGGUGAUAAGCAAGCAAAAAUCGACCCGAAGGACAAACAGAAAGAUUCCAUCGUGAAAAGAAACAACCGGAAGUAUUUGGAACAUGUUCUUCCCGGAGUCUUCCUCCACCACGGCAAACCGAGAAUGGCGCCGAACGUUCGAAGCGAUCAAAGCUGGCCACGAUGAGUCGUAUGCCACGAUCGAACGUGCGAUCAAGCUCGAAGAGCACGAGCGGCCCGAUCUGGCCCUUCAGAUGUACAAGGACGGUAUAAGACGCAUCGAUGAAACACUAGCCCUUCCGGUGGAAGUUCCCGACCUACAGGUACAGGGUCCACAAGCAGACGAAAGCUGGCAGCAGGCGGUUGCUAUGAUACACAAGCUGAAACGCACCCGAGGUGAAGUGUUGCAACGCAUCGGCCAACUCGGAGGAAAUGGGACGGCAGGUGGUGACAAUGGUUCGCUCAAUGCGAACGAAACCACCACCGGACAGCGGCCAUGGACGUAUACGGAGCUAGCGAUGGCACUGAAGGACAUGUCCGACGAAGGUACGGAUGAAACGAAGGCGAGCCUGCUGGAGUUGUUAUUCUCAUGCGAUGGUGUCCAUGUGUACUACAUCGAACCGGAUGGUGUCGUCAGCAGGACGAUGGCCGACUCGACACUGAGAAUUGUCCGUAUCGAGGGCGACGAAAGUAGACAGCUGCAGACAACCGUGUUUCUACAGGUGAUUGAAACACGAUCCGCUAUACGCAUCGAAAAUGCGGAAGAACCAUUGGAACACAUGGCGGAAGAAGCGCUGGAUGAACCACCCUCACCUGUAGCAGAUGUGCCGAUGGAAACCUCGCCGGAGCAGGACGCAUCCGAUACGGAGCAACCCGGAUUUCUUAUCUACCCACUCAUCCCGGGUGUGUCCCCGUGCUAUCGGACGGAAUACGGUGCAUUUAUACUUCCCGAUCUAGCCGAACCGAAUGUCCAGGGUCGUGCGAUUGGACUGGUGGUACCGUCCGGGGCAGAUGAGGUUGUGUUGGAGAUUCUGGUGGCCUUUCUGCAUGGGAUUGUCGCUCAACCGUCAUCCGAACCGGUCGCACGUGUCAGCAAACGUUCCCUACUGCCCGACUCCACCACGGUUUCGGCCGGUAUCAUCAAGGGUGCAUUCUACCUGUCCCAGGGAUUGGUGCGUGGUGCCGAACGAACCGGCCAGCUGAUCGCUACCGGCACACCAUACGUCAUUUCGAAGCUCGGUCAGAAGCAAACGAGUACGGCGCAAGACUCAACGGAGGCAGCCGCUACUGUACAGGUGCCGAAAAACGUUCGCACUGGGAUUGAGAUUGCGAAGAGUGUCACCGGUACGGCGGCUGGUGUGACGAGCUACGUUGCGGGGAAGGUCGGUACGGCUACGAUGGCACUGGGACGCUUUCUGGCCCCACACAUCCAACGUCACGGUAGUGCCCUGCUGGCGUACGGCACCGGCAUGAGCGAACAGGACGCCUCGCAGCGUAUGAACGGUGCGCUCACGAUCUGUGCCGGAGCGGUAGAAGGGUUCGGCACCGUGUACGAAGGUCUCGAACGUUCGGCAUCGAUAUUGGGUCAAAGCUUGAGCGCUAGCACGGUGCAGAUAGUGGAGCAUCGGUACGGGACGGAGGCGGGGCGAGUCGUGGGUAGCUCGCUUGAUACGGUCGGGAACGUGAUUAACGUCACGCACAACAUGAACUACAUCACACCGAAGGGAUUGGCCAAACGAACGGCAAAGAAUGCAGGGAAAGCGCUCGUUGCCGGCUAUCGACCACCGGUACCGGAGGUUGACGGUGGAGCUGCAUCAAGCUCAGGCAUUGUAACGGUCACAGCUCUCGAAGCUACCCGAGAACAACGUAUCGUUCCUGCGGCCGUACUUUAUCCGGAUCUCGAAGGAUUGGCUAAGGAAGUGCGUCAGAAAGAAGGAAUGGCUUGAAACGAAACGGAAAUAGCGAAAAACAGUGAAAUGAAUAGCUAAACAAAUGGUUAAAAUUUUAAUCCUUAUUUCUCCUUGCCCAAUCGUCCAUGAAGGGAAAAAACCCGCUGUUUUACGAUUCAUAAGGAGAACGUGUGUUUGGGUGUAUGGCAGAUAUCUGAUACUGUGUAUGCAUGUUAUUUAUAAGAAUUAAGAAUCUCAUCGAGAAGAGGUGAUGAAACAGUUGUUACGGAAUAUUAUAGUUGCUUUUUUACAUAUGUUACACGCUAGUAAUUAAGGGGUUUUAAAGGAUUAUAUGUCAUUUGGAUGUUUUGUUAUGCGUAAUCAUCGGAUCAGAUCAGAUCACCAUCCGCAGGGACCAUAGCUUCUUCUUCAUACGAGUAACUUCUCAUAAAGCUAGUAAGUCAAGAAUCUUUUGUUAUUUUCCUAAUGAAUCUCAACUCUAUUUACUCGAAUUUUAAAUAAAUACUAUUCCUCAGCUACACAAAGAAGCACAAUAGAAAAGAGAGACAAUAGAUCGUAUAUCGUAUCAAGGGAAAAGAGCUAAUGAUGGACAUAGCUUUUUAGUGACAAAUAAAAUAACAAGUCUGAAAAGAAUAAAGAAUCUAUGGAAUGUUAUAAUAAAAACACAUA